CAAAACUAACGAAGGACUCGGUAUCUUACUUUUUUAUUUUGCCUUGAUUGACCAUUCCAGUAGCAUCAAAGUGGAGGAAAUGUAUUUACUCUGAGCUGAGAAAACAUUUAUACUCUACAGACAGCAGCACAAGGAAAGGAAAACAUUUUCUUCAGGGAAGAAUGAGCGAAAGUUUCAAGGAAGGCCAUGACAUUCAGGGGACACAGUUCAGGGGUCCUUCUCUGUCCCAGCAGAGGAGGGUCAUCCAUUUCUCCAGCGGUGAGACUCUAGAGGAAGAUAACAGUGAGGAAGAGGAGGAUACAUCACAUGAGCAGGUGUUUAGGGAGCCUGAAGACAUGCUUAAACUUCCGUGGAAAGCAUAUACUUGGUCUCUGGGCAGGAAGUCAUUGCGCACUUGUGAUUUUCUUGGGGAAAAACUGGCUGGUCUACUUGGCCUUAACACUGCCAAAUACCAGUAUGCUGUAGAUGAAUAUCAACGUUCCAUUAAGACCACAGCCAGUAAAGAAACGGAAUGCUCUUAUGAGGAAGGAACAGAGAGAAUUCACCUUUCUUCAAGGAUGAGCAGUGAAUAUGGGGCCACAAGCUCCCACAGACCCCCUGCUGGUUCUCAAGCCUCCCAGAACAUUGAGCACAGAACUACAGGAUCCCACAACAAGGGCUAUCAAAAUGAUAAUGAGCACUGAGAAAGAACUAGCUAUUAUGAAUUAAACAUAUUAACAUGUGUUAAGAAAGCUAAUAUUCAUGUUGAUGAUUGUAUUUUUUGCUGUUCCUCUCGCUAUGGUUUCUACCAAACCAGGGUUCAAAUACAUGUAUAUUUGAUAUUUAAAAUACUUGUUUCUGUGUAUUUGAGUAUUGCCCAAAACCAGUACUUUUAUAUUCCUGAGACCCAGUAAUACAUUUUUGUCCUCUCUAGUGGACAUCAGUUCUUGGUCCAUUUCACUGAGGCCAUACAAGCCACUGUAUUAAGUCCUGUUGUCCCUUUGAGAGGAUAUCGAUGAUAUCACGCAUAGUAGCAACACAACAUCACGACAACCAUGUAUGGCGUUGUGUGGGCGAGCGGUUUGCUGAUGUCAACAUUGUGAACAGAGUACCCCAUGGUG